AUGUUUGAUUACGAACACGUCGAUGAACCUGUACAAUCUGCUGAAAAAGAAUUCGAAAUAAACUUCUUUAAUGCAAUGAUUGACCGAAUUGCACAAGAUAUCGAAUGGAGAUUUAAUGCCCUAAAUGAAUACCACGAACAAUUUGGUUUCAUUUACAAUAUAAAUUGCUUAAAAUCUUUAUCAAAAGAAGACCUUUUGAAGCAUUGCAGUAAUUUAGGAGAAGUUCUUCGAGAAGGUGAGAAUAGUGAUAUACAAUCACAUGAACUAUAUGAAGAACUUCAAAUUAUACAGUCAAGUUUGCCCAAAGACAUUAUUGAUGGUAAACAACUUCUUCAGUAUAUUGUGGAAAACAAUUUACAGGAAAUAUACCCAAACAGUUACAUAACUAUCAGAAUUUUGCUUACUAUUCCAGUCAACACAGCUUCAGCAGAGAGAAGUUUUUCAAAGUUAAAAUUGAUAAAGAAUUUUUUGCGAAACACAAUGACCCAAGAACGACUUUCAGGAUUAGCAGUUUUAUCCAUUGAAAGCGAAAUAGCGUCCACUUUAAGUCAUCAAGAAAUCCUCAAAAAUUUUAUUGCAAAAAAAAGUCGAAUUUUACCUUACUGUAAGAAGUAG